UCAUUCUGUCGGGAGAUUUAAAGGAAACAACAAAAGCUAGAGGCAGCGAUUAUAUCUCAUGCAAGUAAGUCAUCGCUGACUACUGGGUUGCAUUGGUCAUUACGAAUACUAACUAGACCGCUGGAGGAGAGAAACUCUCCAGUCAAAGUUAAUUAAUUAUUUAUUGUUCUUCUCAGAAACUUUGUUAGCAAUUAGAGAUGAGUUCAUACUUUGUAAAUCCCUUUUAUCCAAAAUACAAGGCUGCUGAGACAAUAGGUACAACGUACUACGACUGUCAGUUUCCACGGGAUAUUAAUAGCAGACAUACAGUUAUGUAUGGGAGCAGUGCAAGUUUCCAGCACCCAACAAAAGUUCAAGAAUUUUACCAUCAUGGGACCUCAGCAAUCCCGAAUGGGGGAUAUCAACCUAAUCCUUGUGGAAUUACGUGUCACGUUGACCCCAGUAAAUUUUACGGGUACCAUAACUUACAGAGACAGCAGUUCUUUACUACACAGCAAGAGACCGAGCUGGUACAAUAUCCUGACUGUAAAUCGUCCAGUAGUAAUACUGGCGAAGAACCAGAGCACUUAAAUCAGAACUCGUCUCCUUCUCAGAUGUUUCCCUGGAUGAGACCUCAAGGAUGCUCCUGUGUUUCUUUUGUCAUAGCUCCUGGUAGAAGAAGAGGGAGACAAACAUACACCAGAUUCCAAACUCUGGAACUCGAGAAAGGAUUUAUAUUUAACCCCUAUCUGACCAGAAAGAGGAGAAUCGAGGUCUCGCACGCUCUGGGGCUCACCGAGAGACAGGUUAAAAUAUGGUUUCAAAACCGAAGAAUGAAGUGGAAAAAAGAGAACAAUAAAGACAAAUUCCCAUCUUCACUACCAAAGGACGGAGAAGAGGUUAAAAUGGAGCCUGGCAACUCUGUGCAGCACAAAACAGGCAACGAUACAGCUUGACUGAUUUUUAAAACCUGUCUAAAAUGGGACUUUUAUUAAAUGUCACACCAGGAAAGACUGUUAAAGUUUAAGGAGACUGUCCUUGUUAAGGGUCUUACAGCCUUAAUAUGCCACUGUUACAAUGACUGUGUGUUUGUCAGUUACCGUGGAAGGUAUAGUGAGUUUAUGAGCUCACUUUUCAAUUAUCUAUUGCCUUACUUCAAACGAAAUAAUGUUGUUCGUUAAAUAAAGGAGCUGUGUUUAUGAUUUGCACCCAUACUCUUCCUAAUGAGAAACCAGAAUAAAUUAUUAGAUUUUCUAUAAAUUAACAACAUUUAAUUACCAGGAAACUGCACGUUAAAUUUUUUACUGUGUAUCAUGAGUAGACCUUUAGAAUAAGGUUUAUACAGUACUUGAAUUGAUCACAAUUCAAGAUUCAUUUUGCAUUUGUGUUAGAACUCUAACGCACGUUUAA